CCUCCUCCUCCUCCUCCUCCUCCUGCUGAGAAGACUGUGGACAUUUCUUCCUCAGAAAUCAGGAGGAGUGAAGCUGAGCUGCGAGUCUGAGCCGAGCAGAGUUCUGUGAACACGAUGGGAACCAACACCAACAUGAACUCUGAUUCUCCACCUCGUCGCUGGAACCCUUUCAACAGCAUCAAGUUCUUCGUGUUCUGCCACAGUCUGCUGCAGCUGUCCCAGCUCUUGGUGUCGGGCUACAUGAAGAGCUCCAUCGCCACCAUCGAGAAACGCUACGGCCUCUCCAGCCAGAAGUCAGGGAUUCUCGCCUCCUUUAAUGAGGUGGGAAACACAAUUCUCAUCGUCUUCGUCAGUUUCCUGGGCAGCCAGAUCCACCGGCCACGGUACAUCGGGGGCGGAGCUCUGCUGGCCUGUUUGGCCUCCCUGCUGAUGGCGUUGCCACACUUCCUGAGUGGACCUUACGAAUUCACCGACCGGCUCAGCUUGACCAAUGACAACAGAUCCGGUCUCUGUCGGACCACYAACGUUGCCGCCAAAAAUGAGACAUGCCUGGAGCUGGAGACCCCUGCCCACCAGGUGGCCUACCCCCUGCUGAUCCUGGGUCAGCUGCUGCUGGGCAUCGGAGCCGUCCCCAUCCAGCCCUUCGGCAUCUCCUACAUCGACGACUACGCCAGCCGCAAGAACUCACCGCUCUACCUCGGAAUCCUCCUCGCUGUCACCUCCAUCGGCCCGGCCUUCGGCUUCGUCACCAGCUCCGUCACGCUGCGCUUCUUCGUGGACUUUGACAUGCUGUCCAAAGAUGAGAUCCCGUUGGAUCAGGAGGACCUCCGCUGGGUCGGGGCCUGGUGGCUGGGCUUCCUGGUGGCCUCCUGCCUCCUCUUCAUCACUGCCCUGCCGUACUUCUUCUUCCCCAGAGUCAUGCCCAAAGAGAACGGAGCCGAGGAUGUCGAGUCCGAACCGGACUCUAAAGAGGAGCAGGCCGACCCGGUUCAGGAAAACUCCCUCCUUCAGUUCCUCAAAAGUUUUCCUCGUAUCGCCCUGCGGAUCCUACAGACUCCCAUCUUCCUGCUGGUGGUUCUGGCCCAGGUGAACCUGGCGGCGCUGCUGUCCGGUCUCGCCACCUUCAUGGCCAAGUUCAUUGAGAAGCAGUUCAGUCAGACGGUGCCGUUCUCCAACAUGAUGAUCGGAGGAGUUGGCAUCCCGCUGGCGGUGCUGGGGAUUGUGCUGGGCGGAGUCAUAAUGCGGAGGUUUAAUCUGUCGGUUAAUAGUGCCAGCAAGCUGUGCACAGCGGCCGUCUUGCUCUGCAUGUUCUCCGCACUGCCACUGCUGCUGAUUGGCUGUCCCACUCAGAGGGUCGCCAAUGUCUUUCCUCCCAGUUCAUCAGAAUGUGAUCCUGGCUGUCAUUGUUCUGUGGAGUCCUUUAACCCGGUCUGUGGUUCUGACGGUGUGGAGUUCCGGUCUCCGUGUCACGCAGGCUGUACGUCUGUGGAAACAGACUCCAACAAUAAAAUCACAAACUACACCGGGUGUCGUUGCAUCAACGGUUCUGGUUGGGCCCGACCCACGUCGUGCGGCAGCAGCUGCUCUCACCUCCUGCCGCRCUUCAUGCUUCUGUUGAGUCUGACCAGCUUCAUCGCCUCCUUCUCUCACACGCCCUCCUACAUGAUGAUCCUCAGGUUUCUGGGUGUGAUGGUGGUCUUCGUCUGUGGUGGGCUGCUCUGCUUCUUCCUGACCAUCAUCGUCCUUCGWAGGAGAGCCAGAACUCAUGAUCCUAAAGGACAGUACGGUCUGGUGGCACCAGAGAAAACACGGGAAAGUGAAAUGAAUGGUUUGAAGGCCUGAAGAGACAGUACGCAGGAGAACAUCCAGGAGGUGGAGCGUUCUGAUGUUCUGGAAGGAACAUGAAGAACCAUAAAGAACCAARCUGCCUAAUGAACCAGAAAUAUUCUUCUUACUAUAUCCACAUGCUAAGCUAACACUUCCUGUGAAACUAUACUCAAAUACGUCAAAUAUUUUAUACAAAUGUAGACUUCUGAUGAACCUUCAGAAUCCUCUGCUGAUUCUGCACAAAGAUCACGAACAGUCCAGCACAAACACAACAAAAUGUUUUUAUCUGAUUCAUUAGAUUUUUUUAGUUUAGCUACAAGAAGAUCUGAGAGGAGAGAAGAGCCCACGAAGAAUGAAGAAUCCCGGGGUGAAGUUGAUUCUUUGUUCUUCGUGAUUUUAUACUUUAUCCAACUGAUCCAGUUCCAUUGAUGAGACAUCAAACUGAGAACAUGUCCUCAGAUGUUGGACAGAAAACAGCAUCUAAAAAGACUGAGAUAAACAUUAAAGGCAGCUUCCUUGAAA